CCCUGUAACGCGCUCCCCGUGGUCCUUCUUCUCUCACGGGCGGAUUUUCUCGUCACGCAGAGCAGAGCAGAGACACACACGGAGCUCCCGAAUCAUCCGUCUAUACGGCCGGCCGCAGAGCAGAGGGGACACCCGUCACUCCCCGAGACCAGGACUCUUAUUUGUUCAUGCCAACGCGUUUAUUCUCUGAGCCUUCAGACAUGCUGCUGCCUUCACUCUGCGGAAGGAGACCAGGCCAGCCUUAGAAUAAACUCCCAGAAACCCUUGUGGCGAUCGUCUCGUUGCUUUUCUUGGUUGAACAAACGUCCCGAUGGAAGCCAGAGGAAAGUACGACUUCACUGCAACGGGAGCCGACGACCUCAGCUUCAAAAAGGGCGACGUGCUGAAGAUCUUAAGCCCGCAAGACGACUGGUACGAAGCGGAGAUGAACGGACAGAAAGGAUUCGUGCCGCAGAACUACAUCGAGAUGCAGACUCCGAGGUGGUUUCAGGAGAACGCCAGUCGCAGCGCUGCAGAGGAAGUCCUCCGGUACGAGAACGUGGGAGACUUUGUGAUCCGAGGGUCCCAGAGCUCCCCGGGAGACUUCUCCAUCUCUGUCAGGCACGAGAGCGACGUUCAGCACUUCAAAGUGAUGAAAGACAACAAAGGCCAGUACUUCCUGUGGUCGGAGAAGUUCACCUCCCUCAACAAGCUGGUGGAGUUCUACAAGUCCACCUCCAUCUCCAAGACCAAGGAGAUCUACCUCAACGACGGCAGCUCGGACAACAAGAACCCCGCCGUCGUCCCGUCCGUGAAGAGGGGAAGUCUACCUGAACAACGUAACGCGGCGGCAGCCAUCGCCGCUGCCAGCCGCCGAGCUUCAGACCCGCCUCACAACCAGCUGGCUAAGAAAGUGGGUCUGGAGGAGCGAGCGCACACCAUCGGUCACACAGGAAGAAGCAGCCCCGUCACAGCCGCUCAUCCCCCUCACCGGGCGUCUGAAACCCUGCCGCUGCCUCAGAGGGCGACCACGCACCAGGCGAAGGCGCUGUACGACUUCCACGCGGAGGAAGACGACGAACUCGGCUUCAAAGCCGGCGACGUCAUCGAGCUGUUGGACCGCUCUGACGCGUCGUGGUGGAGAGGGCGGCUGCGGGGGAAAAGCGGGCUGUUUCCUGCCAACUACACAGUGCGGCUGUGAGGGCGAUGCAGAGAAAGACUCGUCUAACCUCGAGGUCGUCACGAGUGCCCAAAGAACUGAGUCGUUUAACAUUCACAUGUGCUCUGCAGAAAGGAGCAGAAACACUGACUCUGCGACAUGCGGCGCCGAGGAAACUUUUUUACUAUUUGCAGAAUGUCUGCCGGAGAAUCGACCGUUGAACAACUUUUUCUGCUCAUGCUGUUUGUGGAGUCCCGUUUUUAUACCACAAAAAAGUUUUCUUAUGGAAAAAAAAAGCUUGACGUGUAACUUACUCGCAAUAAAAUCCUUGACGACGA